CCGCAAACUAGUAAACACACAGUUGCAGUUGUUAUUGCUGGUGAGAGAGUGUGUAAAGACAAAAAUCGACGCAAUGCCUAGCAGCCCUCACGAAACACCCUCUAUGUGGGUGUUCGGGUAUGGUUCAUUGAUCUGGAAACCAGGAUUUACUUAUACAGAAAAAAUAAUAGGUUUUAUCGAAGGGUACGCGAGACGGUUUUGGCAAGGAAGCAUAUCCCAUAGAGGAACGUCUGAAUACCCUGGAAGAGUUGCGACAUUGGUGAAAGAAAAUGAGAGCAAAGUUUGGGGCCUAGCUUACCUAUUAGUUGGAGAUGAUCAGAUAGCUGAAGCAAUGGACCAUUUAGACUUGCGAGAGUGCACGUUAGGAGGGUACACAACAUUCACUGAAACCUUUUAUCAGAAAGAUAAAGAGGACACUGUCUCUGUAUGGAUUUAUUCGGCAACCCCAGACAACCAUCUAUAUACAGGGCCUGAAACGGUGGAGCAGGUGGCACAUCAGGUCUCCAAAGCUCGGGGAUUUUGUGGACACAAUGCAGAAUACGUUCUGAAAAUUGCCAACUUCAUGCAACAGCACUUGCCUAACGUAGAGGAGGAUGACCUUUACACCCUGGAAAAAUUGAUUUUAAAGAACCUAGAACAAAUGGGAUUCACAGUGUAUUUGAAAGAUCACGUGUUCUCGUUAAUAGAAAACAACCCAGAUCUAGAGUACGGUGAAAAUAUGGCGCUUCACAACGGUUCUCUGCAAGCUGAGAAAACCUCCAAUCUCAAACCUGUCCCACCUCUACAGCACGGUAGAAAGGUUAGGGUGUAUGGUACGCCAGAGUGCGAGCCUGAAAAUCACUUAUUUGAUAACGCUUCCGAUGACGAAACAUGCCUCAUUUGCAACUGCUCCAGAAUGCAAAGUGCUAGUUGACUGAACACUGUGUUUAUGAGAACUGUGCGAGUCACAUAAACCUAACAGAUGGUGCUAAUAAAGUGUAUAUAGGUGGUGCUUGUGAAGUUUAUGUCAGUGGCCAAUUUAAAUGGCUGUACUAUAUUAAUUUAUUAAGCUUAAGCUUGGACGACUAACGUCCAAGACUUAGGUUAUUUAACAUGUAUAUAUUUCUGUUAAAGGUCAUUUGAAAUGACUUGGAUAUGCUUAUUUAUUUUUCUCAAGUAAAGGUCACAAUAAUAAAUAUCCAUGUUGAUCUGAAUUGUUAUUUUUUGAAAGUGUGAUUACGCACUUAAGGCACAAUACGAAUUGUGAUUUUGCAAAAGAUCUCUUGUUAUUCAUAAUAAAUAUAUAUAUAUA